UUAGUGGACUAAUUUGUUUGACAAUUUGGUUUUGGCAAAAAUUUAUAACAUGACAAAAAGAUAUAAUUUCUUUACUUACUGUGUAUUAUUAUAUACAAUAAUUAUCCAUUUUAAUGAGGAUCUCGUCUUUAAUACUAUAACCAUAUUUUGACAUGGCUAGAUUUUUAAUCUGUUUUCACUUUUGGCGCCAAAUCCCUAAAAAACCGAUUACGAGGCAAACGUUGAUUGCAGUGUGUUUUCAGUUGUUUCAGCGUUUUAACUUAACAAGAUCUAUUAAAAUGAAUCAAUUAAGUAAUGGUGAGUCUAAAAUAAGUAAUGGUGUGUCCAAAUUGAGUAAUGGUUAUGGAAAUCAUGAUGAAUAUCAAUACUUGAACUUGGUGAAACAAAUUAUAGAUACAGGUGAUAAGCGCGUCGAUAGGACAGGUGUAGGCACUCUGUCUAUAUUUGGAGCAAUGCAAAGAUAUUCUUUAAAACAUAAUGUACUGCCUCUACUUACCACGAAGCGUGUCUUCACUAGAGGAGUGAUUGAGGAACUACUUUGGAUGAUCUCUGGUUCUACAGACAGCAAAAAAUUAGCACAGAAGAAAGUUCACAUUUGGGAUGCUAAUGGGUCUAAAGCUUUUCUUGAUAACUUAGGUUUUACAGAACGAGAAGAAGGUGACCUUGGCCCUGUCUAUGGCUUUCAAUGGAGACACAGUGGUGCCAAAUACAUAGAUUGUAAAACAAAUUACACUGGACAAGGAAUUGAUCAAUUGCAGAAUGUUAUAAAUACAAUAAAAAACAAACCAGCAGACAGAAGAAUAUUAAUGUGUUCCUGGAACCCAUCUGAUCUUGAUAAAAUGGCAUUACCACCUUGCCAUUGUCUUGCUCAGUUUCAUGUAGCUAAUGGUAAACUCUCCUGUCUAUUGUAUCAAAGAAGUGCUGAUAUGGGACUUGGUGUACCUUUUAAUAUUGCCAGUUAUGCCAUAUUGACUCAUAUGAUAGCUCACAUAACUGGACUUGAGGCAGGAGAAUUUGUACAUACUACAGGGGAUACGCAUGUGUACCUCAAUCACAUAGAACCUCUUAAAAAACAAUUAGAAAGACACCCAAAGCCAUUUCCAACUUUAGAAUUUACCAGGAAAAUUGAAUCAAUAGAUGAUUUUAAAUAUGAAGAUUUUAUUAUUAAGGGUUAUGAACCACAUCCUAAGAUUGAAAUGGACAUGGCAGUAUGAAAUUUAACUUUUUAUGGACAUCAUAAUCAUAUAUUUAAUAUAGUAUCAUGCUUUGGAAAGACAAAUUUUAUAAAAGAAAGACAUUACUGAAUAUGUUCUUAAAUUAUGAAGCCAAAAAUUAAGAAAAAAUAUAUAAUAAUUUUUAUUUUUAAUACUUAAAAUUAAUUGACCAUGUGUCCAAAUUUUGUGAAGCUUACUUAGCUUAAUCAUACCAAAUUUGUAUUUUAGCCAGUAUUAUAUCAUAAGAUUACUGAUCAAAUAAUAAUUGUAUAAAAAUUAAAUCAUUGUUUUAUUAAAAUAAAAACCCUAUUAUAAGAUACUAAAACACCAAAAAUAUAUUUCUAAUUCUUAAAAUAAAAAGUUGAAAAUUUUUAUGAAUUAAAAUAUAAAAAUUAUUUUUGUGUAAUAUCAUGAUAAACCAAAAUUGUGAUACCUUAUAAUCUAGACAACAUUCUUAAUAUAGGUACUUACUAUUUGUACAUUCAUUGGAUUUUACAUGUAUUACAU